UAUUAUAGGUGCAUGAAAAUACACAAACCAAAGCAAAGUGUAUUGGACCCAAUCGGUAUAAAGCUAAGGCGGUUCGCUCCAUGUCACGUUCGAAACCAGCUAAGCUUCUCUCUCUCUCCCUCUCUCAAGGUUUGAGAAAGUGCAACAGAAUCGCUUCCACCUAUAAAGAAAACAAACCACUCCUACCACCACACUAAAAUACUUGCCGUAGCCAACUCUCCCUUCCCUUCCCUUCCCUUCCCUUCCCUUCCCUUGCCUUCUCUUCGUCUCUUCCUUCCUUGAGAGUAUCAUCUCUGCAACACAACACAACACAACAUGGUUGUGUUGAUAUUGUGUCCAUCAUCUCUCUUGUUGAAGUACAAGCUCUUCUUCUAGCUAGAGACAAGUAGAAAGAAAGGAGCCGAUUUGGAGUUGUAAGGAGCUGGAGAAGGAGAAAUAAUAUGGAUCGUCAUAGUGGGUCUUUGAGGGACUUCCUUAGGUUUCUUGUAUUAUUUGUUGGUUUUAUUGGGUUUUUGUUGUUGGUUGAGAUCCAAGCAAGUGAAGCUUCCAAAACAACAACAACAACUGUUACUUCUCCACCAGGAAAUUUCAAGCAAUUGGAGCAAGAGAAGAGAGUGGAUCAUCCAGAUUUAGAUCUCAAUUACAUGAGCAAGAGAAGGGUUCCUAAUGGCCCUGAUCCCAUUCACAACAGGAAAGCAGGGAAGUCUAAACAGCCACCUGGCAGGGCUUAGGGCUUAGAUGAAGGAGAGAAGCUUCACUUGUGUAGCAAAAGAUUUGCAAGAUGCCAGCCAUCUUGUAUGUUUUUUUGGAAUGGGAUUAUAACUUUUUUUCAUACCAUUAGAAAAAUCUUAAUUUGCAGAGUGAAGUACACAAAUUGUUGCAAGGGAGGUGGUGAUCAAGAAAAGCUAGCUAAGCUUAUCUCUUUACAAAGUACACUUAAAAGAA